AUGGCAGAGACUGAUGAUCACGAAGAGUGGAGUCAGUUAAAUCAAACGGACUGGCGCGGCCUAGGCCUGACUGACCCAAUCAAAAAUGUUGAGGACAAAUGGCUCUUGCUGCCAGCCUUUUUGAAGGUCAAAGGUCUGGUGAAACAACACAUUGACUCUUUCAAUUACUUCGUGGACGUCGACAUCAAGAACAUAUUGAAAGCCAAUAACAAGGUCACGUCCGAUGUGGAUCCCCGGUUUUGGCUGAAGUAUACAGAUAUCCAUGUUGGUUUCCCUGACCGGACGGAUGCCGACGCUAUCGACAAGAGUGUCACCCCCCACGAAUGUCGCUUGCGCGACACCACAUAUAGCGCGCCCAUCCUUGUCACCAUACAGUACACGAGAGGUCGCAGUGUGGUGCGCCGAGCCAAUGUGAACAUCGGUCGCCUGCCUAUCAUGCUUCGAAGCAAUAAAUGCGUACUUACGGGGCGCACGGAAGCUCAGUUAGCUCGUAUGACUGAAUGCCCGCUAGAUCCUGGCGGCUACUUCGUUGUAAAGGGAACAGAGAAGGUCAUUUUGGUGCAGGAGCAGCUAAGCAAAAAUCGUAUCAUUGUGGAGACAGAUCCCGUCAAAGGUGUUGUUCAAUCUUCAUGUACAUCAUCCACACAUGGCGGGCUGAAAUCGAAGACCUAUGUCGCCACCAAAAAGGGGAAAAUAUACCUUCGGCACAAUUCUAUACACGAAGAUGUUCCCAUUGUCGUCGCUUUGAAAGCACUCGGCAUCCAAUCUGACAAGGAGAUCCUCCUCCUAACUGCCGGGAAUUCAGAAGCGUAUAAGAACUCCUUCGCUCCCAAUCUGGAGGAUGCGGCCCGUCUGGGAAUCUUCACGCGUCAUCAGGCCUUGGAGUGGAUAGGGAGUCGCGUGAAGGUAAAUCGACGAGUUGCUGGUCCGCGAAGGCCUGCGUGGGAGGAGGCUCUCGAAGCGCUGGCUACGAUUGUAUUGGCACAUGUGCCUGUCGUGGGCUUGGACUUCAGGUCUAAGGCUAUCUUUGUCGCAACAAUGACACGACGCGUCUUGAUGGCUGUGGACGACGAGAAGAUGGUCGAUGACCGCGACUACGUGGGAAACAAGCGAUUGGAACUUGCUGGUCAAUUACUGGCUCUACUGUUCGAAGAUCUCUUUAAGACCUUCAACACUAAUCUUAAGUCCGCGAUCGACAAAGUUCUUAAAAAACCUUCGCGAACCAACGAAUUCGAUGCAUGGAACACCAUGCAAUUCCAGGGCGAUCACAUCACUGCGGGUUUUGUACGCGCCAUCUCGACGGGGAACUGGUCACUCAAGCGUUUCCGUAUGGACCGAGCCGGCGUCACACAUGUCCUUUCGCGCCUGAGUUUUAUCUCAGCACUAGGAAUGAUGACACGUAUCUCUUCUCAGUUUGAGAAGACGCGGAAGGUCAGCGGACCUCGUGCACUGCAGCCAAGUCAGUGGGGUAUGUUAUGCCCUAGUGAUACUCCUGAAGGAGAGGCAUGCGGCUUGGUCAAAAAUCUAGCGCUGAUGACACAUAUAACAACCGAUGUAGAGGAGGAGCCCAUCAUCAAGGUUGCAUACAUGCUUGGCGUGGAGGAUAUCAGCCAGGCUACUGGGACAGAGAUCUAUGGCCCUAAUGCCUUCGUUGUCAAUGUGAAUGGAACCAUCAUGGGUCUCACUCGUUUCCCGACCCGCUUCGUCCAUAAUUUCCGUCGCCUUAGACGCGCAGGGCGGGUCAGUGAGUUUGUCAGCGUCUACAUCAAUCAUCAUCACCAUACAGUCAAUAUUGCCAGCGAUGGAGGACGGAUAUGUAGGCCUAUGAUCAUCGUGGAUAACGGACAGCCUAUGGUCACGUCUGAGCACAUUUCGCUACUAAAACAGGGCAAAUUGGAGUUCGAUGAUUUCUUGCGACGCGGUCUCGUCGAAUAUCUAGACGUGAACGAAGAGAACGACUCUUACAUUGCUCUAUACGAACCCGAUGUCACUCCAACAACGACUCACCUCGAGAUCGAACCUUUUACUAUCCUUGGAGCGGUCGCCGGACUCAUUCCCUACCCCCAUCACAAUCAAUCUCCUCGCAACACUUACCAAUGUGCUAUGGGUAAACAAGCAAUCGGUGCUAUAGGCUACAACCAAUUCAAUCGUAUCGACACCCUUCUUUACCUGUCCGUAUAUCCACAACAACCAAUGGUCAAGACGAAAACCAUCGAAUUGGUAGGGUAUGACAAACUUCCUGCGGGACAGAAUGCUACAGUGGCUGUCAUGAGCUAUUCAGGUUACGAUAUCGAAGAUGCAUUGAUUCUCAAUAAGGCCAGCCUGGACAGAGGAUAUGGGCGAUGCCAAGUUCUUCGCAAGAACGCAACGCUUAUCCGUAAAUAUCCCAAUGGAACGUUCGAUCGAUUGGCAGAUGCGCCAGCGGAUGAAAAUGGACAAAUUCAAAAGAAAUUUGACAUCAUUCAGCUUGAUGGUCUUGCUGGUGUCGGCGAACGCGUUGAUCCUGGGGAUGUCUAUAUCAACAAGCAAUCACCAACCAACGCCAACGAUAACUCCUUCACCGGCCAAGCGGCCUCCGUACCGUACAAAAAUGCUCCAAUGACCUACAAGUCGCCUGUCGCUGGGCAUAUUGACAAGGUCAUGAUAUCAGAUACGGAGAAUGACCAGACCUUGAUCAAGGUCUUGAUCCGACAAACGAGGAGACCUGAGCUCGGCGACAAGUUUUCAUCAAGGCAUGGUCAGAAGGGCGUUUGUGGGCUGAUCGUGAAUCAAGAGGACAUGCCAUUCAACGAUCAGGGGAUUGUUCCUGAUACCAUCAUGAACCCUCACGGUUUCCCCUCACGGAUGACAGUUGGUAAGAUGAUAGAACUGCUUUCAGGGAAGGCGGGCGUUCUAGCCGGAAAACUUCAGUAUGGUACAGCGUUUGGAGGAUCGAAGGUGGAAGACAUGUCAAGAAUUCUUAUCGAUCACGGGUUUAGCUACGCUGGGAAGGACAUGCUUACCAGCGGUAUCACCGGCGAGCCUAUGGAAGCAUAUGUAUACUUUGGACCGAUAUACUAUCAGAAACUCAAACACAUGGUGAUGGACAAGAUGCAUGCCCGAGCAAGAGGACCACGUGCAACGCUAACACGACAGCCUACCGAAGGUCGUUCCCGAGAGGGUGGUCUGCGCCUUGGCGAGAUGGAGCGAGACUGCCUUAUCGGCUAUGGCGCGACGCAAUUGCUCCUCGAGCGCCUGAUGAUUUCAUCCGACAAGUUUGAAGUCAAUGCUUGCCAGGAUUGUGGUCUGUUGGGAUACAAUGGCUGGUGCCCAUUCUGCAAGAGCUCCAAGAAGAUGGCGCAGCUCACUAUCCCUUACGCUGCAAAACUACUUUUCCAGGAGCUAAUGGCCAUGAACGUCGUCCCACGUUUAGUUCUCGACGAUGCAUGAUGGGCGCAGGGAGUGUUUUGUUCUGCGUUUGUACUGUUUAUUUAUUUACAUCCAUGUUACGUUGCCGCAGUGUAUUUCACAGCAAGAUGUAUCCU